UGAGGGAAAGCCUGUCGAGCUAGUUUGUCCCUCUUCGCUCUCCGUAAGGAAACUUGAGCCGAGAGGGUCGUAGAUAUGGCGGUCGUUAGGAUGGGAAAACUGACAGCUACUCCUGUAGGUCUGAUAUAUGCAUUCAUAAAUGUCCGUGCAAUCAAAGAGGAGGAAUCACCAAAGCAUUUAGUGAGACCAGAGCAGCUCCCCAUAUAUGCUGCACCACCUCUCCGAUCCAAAUACAUUGACGAGCAGCCUGGUCAUUUACAAAUGGGCUUUGCAUCCAUUCGUAAGAGAGUUGGUCGUUAUGUUGGCUGGUGCAAGGGUGUUUAUGUCUUCGUGAAAAAUGGGAUAACAGAUACAGUGCAAUUUGGAAAAGAUGCAUAUGUAUAUGUGAAGAAUCCUCCUCGAGAUUUUCUUCCGAAAAUUGGAGUGAUUACAGCUUCAGGAUUGGCAGGCGUGAUUUCAGCAAGAAAAGGUUCUAGGUUUAAGAAAAUUGCUUAUCCACUGGGACUGACCACUUUAGGAGCAACUGUUUGCUAUCCAGUUCAGUCAGUAAUAAUUGCAAAGGUAACUGUAAAAAAGGCAUAUGCUACAAGCCAGCAAAUUUUUGAAUCAGUUAAAUCAUGGUGGACAAAAAGCAACAAAAAAGACUCACUGCCAGAACCUAAAGAAAAACCUAAGCUAGAAAGCUCUGCUGAAAUAGAAGUACCUGGAAAAGCAACUCGUGUCCUGACACAUUCAGUGCCUUUGUCAACAGAACUCAACAGUUCUGAAACAAAAACCAAAUCAGAAUUCCCCUCAGGUGCUACACAGUUUUUGCCUGACCCCAAGCUCAUGGAUCAUGGGCAGUCCCAUCCAGAAGAUGUAGAUAUGUACAGCACUAGAAGCUGAAAUAAACGGCAAAGAGAACUACAACAUGUGUGACGUUGCAAUUAAUGUUGAAAAAUCAUGAAAUGGGUAACUGAUGCAUAGAGCAUACCUUAAAUCAAGUUAUUCCCUGACGUCUUCAAAUGCACAGUUUGAUUAGUCACAUCAGUGAUUAAAACACAACCUGUGAAUGAAAUCCAAAUAUUAAAUGAUUGAUGAGGAGACACAAAUAUUGGGCUGCAAUUUGUUGACUUUAGAAGAUGUUUAUUGAAACAAACAAUGCAGAUAUGAGCACCAGUGAGACUAAAAUCUGAGAUGUGAAUGCAUUUAUAUACAUAUUUAUAUGUACACACAUGUAUAUCUGCUCUAACUUUGCUAAAUUCAUGUCAGUUAAAUUAGAGUGGUGUGUGGAAAGAUGUGUCCACCUGUUUUGUUUUUAUUUCCCAGCACUGGAAUAAAAUAACAAUAUUUUGUGGCACAUGG